AUGGUGGGUGACUACGCACAUAGUCCCAAUGGUAUCAGCUACUUUAUUUCCCUCAUUUCCCUCCCUCCAUAUCCUGUACGAGCAACCUUUUCAAUAUGCCUUGGAGCCGAUACGAUCUUGGCCAAACCAAUAUCUUUUAUGAUGAAGCAAAGCUUUGUGCUACCACCGCAUGUAGAAGACGUCAGAAGGUGUUUGACGGACUUUUCUUGCCUAUCCAACGAGAAGGAUGAAUCUUUUCACAUCAUCUCAAAAGAUAUUGAGGAAGGGAUGGAGAGAGACUUGAAUCCAGACCCAAUUCGUAAAGCAGCAGAGAGGAUUCAGCAUGAGGUUCUUAGCAGAGUGGGUGGGGGUUAUGCGGAGAACGUGUGGCAGGAUAUCUUCGGAAAGCGCUUGUUCGAUCAGCUUACCGACUCUCCCUCUUUAUCGAGAGACGAUUCAAGACGAGUAUCACGAAGCAUGUACUACUAUGAUCAGGUGAUAAGAAGCAGUGAUGAAAUUUGGACCAUAUUCGAGCCCGGGAAGGAGGCAACAACCUCGCGAUUAAGGCCAGUAAAAUGUCCAAAACCCGAUCAAGCUUUUUUCUUCCCGGUUUAUCACCAUCGCAACAAUAGUGGACUACCAAAAGUGGCAGAUCCGAAAGCGCGGCAACGGGCCCAAGCUUGGGAUUCUCGACCUGUGGAGCCUUCACAUGUAGAGUACAAAAAAGAGAAGGAUCAGAAUGAGGCACUCGAGCACGUUAUCAACUGCCAGGGCGUCAACGCUGCGGCUUGUGCCACCAAUCUGGUCCAACAGACGGCUCAAUAUGCUGCUAAGCUUCCUAGACACGCACAUAUCCCUCCAAUCCCUGUGGUUACUACAGUUGGACCUUCUGUUACAGUAUGGCUCAUGUACUUUGCCGAAGACUUUGAUGCGCCAUAUAGCCGAAGGGAUACAGAUGAGGUAUUAACAAGGAGGCGGAAAGAGGGUUACGUCAUGCGAGCGAUCUGGAAGGCGACGUCAAAAACCUCACCGACAUCAUGA